UGUAGUUGGAGGCAAGGGGGGGUGGCCGUUUGUUUUCUCGUGGUCUCGAGCUCGCGCGCUCUCUUCCCCUCCCCCGCGGCGUGCAGCGGGGCGGAGAAACGGCGGUGGCGGCGGCAACGGCAGCAGAAGCAGAGGCUGUAGCAUCGGACACCCUCCUCUCUCCCGCGAACCGGUUCCUCUUCCCCCUCCUUCUCACUGUUUGUUGUGUGUUUGAUGUGUUAAAGCAGGAGCGAGAACCCGAGCAGCGCCAUGAGCAACACUACCGUCGUCCCCAGCACUGCAGGUCCGGGCCCCAGCGGCGGGCCCGGUGGCGGAGGUGGUGGCGGCGGAGGCGGCGGCACCGAGGUAAUCCAGGUGACUAAUGUCUCCCCGAGCGCUAGCUCUGAGCAGAUGCGGACUCUCUUCGGUUUCCUAGGCAAGAUCGACGAACUGCGCCUCUUCCCGCCGGAUGAUUCACCUUUGCCAGUCUCAUCUCGUGUCUGCUUUGUUAAGUUCCAUGAUCCAGACUCAGCAGUUGUGGCACAGCAUCUGACAAAUACUGUAUUCGUUGACAGAGCUUUGAUAGUCGUACCAUAUGCAGAAGUUCUUUUCCCUGGUUCAGCCUGAACUAUAUACCAGGCCCUGCUGAAAAUACCACCCAACAGUUUUCUUCUGCAGCUUAUCCAGUUUCUCUUAAGUGCCCUGUACAUAUUUGAAGCAGCCGACACGAGUCGUUGUUCAUAAAACAGCUUUUGAAAGUUGAGAGCACACCCCUGGAGAACCGACUGUGCUUGCUUACGUUUGGUUCAUGACUUAAAAAUCGAGUACAGGAGUUAUUCCUGAUGAAGCUAAGGCUUUGUCUCUGUUGGCACCAGCUAAUGCAGUGGCAGGUCUUCUGCCUGGUGGUGGACUCCUGCCUACUCCUAACCCACUUACCCAGAUUGGCGCUGUUCCACUGGCUGCUUUGGGGGCUCCUACUCUUGAUCCUGCCCUUGCUGCACUUGGGCUUCCUGGAGCAAACUUGAACUCUCAGUCUCUUGCUGCAGAUCAGUUGCUGAAGCUUAUGAGUACUGUUGAUCCCAAGUUGAAUCAUGUAGCUGCUGGUCUCGUUUCACCAAGUCUAAAAUCGGAUACCUCUAGUAAAGAAAUAGAGGAAGCAAUGAAAAGAGUACGAGAAGCACAGUCCCUAAUUUCUGCUGCUAUAGAACCAGAUAAGAAAGAAGAAAAAAGAAGGCAUUCAAGAUCAAGAUCACGUUCUAGGAGGAGGAGGACUCCCUCAUCUUCUAGACACAGGCGGUCAAGAAGCAGAUCGAGACGGCGGUCACAUUCUAAGUCUAGGAGUCGGCGACGAUCCAAAAGCCCAAGACGGAGAAGAUCUCAUUCCAGAGAGAGAGGUAGAAGGUCAAGGAGCACAUCAAAAACAAGAGACAAAAAGAAAGAAGACAAGGAAAAGAAACGUUCUAAAACACCACCAAAAAGUUACAGCACAGCCAGACGUUCUAGAAGUGCAAGCAGAGAGAGACGACGACGAAGGAGCAGGAGUGGAACAAGAUCUCCUAAAAAGCCUCGGUCUCCUAAAAGAAAAUUGUCUCGCUCACCAUCCCCUAGGAGACAUAAAAAGGAGAAGAAGAAAGAUAAAGACAAAGAAAGAAGUAGGGAUGAAAGAGAACGAUCAACAAGCAAGAAGAAGAAGAGUAAAGAUAAGGAGAAGGACCGGGAAAGAAAAUCAGAGAGUGAUAAAGAUGUAAAACAGGUUACACGGGAUUAUGAUGAAGAAGAACAGGGGUAUGACAGUGAGAAAGAGAAAAAGGAAGAGAAGAAACCAAUAGAAACAGGUUCCCCUAAAACAAAGGAAUGUUCUGUGGAAAAGGGAACUGGUGAUUCACUAAGAGAAUCCAAAGUGAAUGGGGAUGAUCAUCAUGAAGAAGACAUGGAUAUGAGUGACUGAAUAUUGCCUCUGUGGGAAUCCAACUGUAUACCUGCAUCAGUGUCAUUCCUUUGUGUGAUUUCUUAAUGCUGUAUUUGUUCAUCUCAAACCUAGAUGUAUACAGCUCUGAGUUAUAAAUGGUUAUAAAGCUCCUGUUACUGAUAUUAGUUAUUUACAUCAAAAAGCUUUUAGAAAAUGGUACGAGGUAACCAAUUCUUGUCAUGGUGAAAUCUGAUUGAGUAACCAAGCAGUUUUACUAUUCUGGUGCUGCUUCAUAACAAAAAUGAAAAGCUGCAUGCAUCUACAUACAGCAGGCAUGGAUUGUUUAUGUCGUAUGAUCUCCUUUAUUAAGUAAGUUCACUUAUAGUAUUUCUAUAAUUUGAUUCAUUACCGUAAUAGGGCCAUGUAGGAAAUGCACUGAUUGCAUGUUAUUGUGGCAAGAAUAUGCUAAAUGUCAUUAAAAUCCUCCAACAUGAUGGAUCUGCUUAUGGUCUUGUUUGUUGACAUGAGAAAUUAACAUUCUUAUAGUUACAUCUGGAAAUGAGCAUUUGAAAUAGAUAAUCCUUUAAGCCUUGUGGCAAAAUUUUUGUGGCUUUUAUUUAACUUUGAAAGGUUAUUAUGCACUAACCUUUUUUGGUGGCUAAUUAGGGUUUAAAUACAGAAACAAGAUUUCAAAUAAAACUGUCUUUGGCAGUGAGUAAAUAGCAUAUUUUGAAGUAGAGUUGUAUACUUUUUCAUACAAUGUUUGGGAAUUUUUUUUCCUGAAGUAAUAAUUUAUUCCACAUAUACAUCAGUGAAAGCUAUCUACCUAUCCUGAGUCCAUCUUAAAGGGAAAAAAAAAAAAAACAACUUAUCUCUUGCCUUUAUUUUUAAUUUUCCACUCUUUGAUUAAUUUGUUUUAAGCUCUGUGUUGGAAAAAAGGGGUAGUGCAUUUUAAGUUGACCUUCAUAUGCUUUUAAAAUAAGACAAAUCUACUUGAUAAUGUACCUUUAUUUGAUCUCAAGUUGUAUAAAACCAAUAAAUUUGUGUUACUGCAGUAGUAAUCUUAUGCACACGGUGAUUUCAUGUUAUAUAUGCAAAGUAGUUAGGCAACUGUUUUCUUAGUUACAGAAGUGUCAGGCUUCACUUUUGUGCAGUAGAAACAAAAGUAGGCUACAGUCUGUGCCAUGUUGAUGUACAGUUUCUGAAAUUGUUUUACAAGACUUUGAUAAUAAAACCCUUAAACUUACGUUCAUGUUCCUGUAAAACCGUAUUUGUAUUUAUUUACACUAUUGAAUGUAUGACAUUUACCUCAUUCAUUUUACAAAUUAUUUCCCUUUCUGUCCACAUGUUUCCGUAUAGUAAAAAGAGGAAGUCUAUCACUGUAGUGAUAAUUGACAUCAAAAUUGUCAAAAAUGAUUUAAUUUCUAUCCAAAAGGGUCGUUUUCUUAGCUUAGUAUCAUUUUACUGCUUAUUUUUUGUGUGAGAAUGGGGUUGGAUAAAGCAAUGAACUUUAGUAUAAACAAAUCCCACCUAUAUCUAGCAAAUUUAUAUUUUCAGUGAAUAUAGAUAUUUGCCUUUUCUGGAGUACUAUAGAAGCUGUCAAUGAUAUGUAUUUACUGUACAGUACUAAAUAGUGUAUUCAUUUAUGAAAUGAGUAGUGUUUGGGUGGAUGGGGUUAAGGGAAAAUGAGACUUGGAAUUGUAGCUUUUAUCCAAGUUUUGAGUAUAAAUAGAAUUUUUUUUUUCAACCUAAAAACUGAAAUGCCAUAUAGAAAAGCAGCAUUGUUUUUAUGGUUUGUAGUAACUUUUU